AUGGCAGCAUCUUCAUCUGCAGCGACUGCGACUGGUGGCAUCUUUGUGAUCACACACGUGAUCCCAGCAGCUCCGACUGCUGCAUCGCAGAACCGUCCAGAGAAAGUCCAGUUCUCUGGAGGCAGACCGCAGGCACUUGGGACGGUGCAGAUCCUCAUUGGACUGGUGGUCCUCUUCUUUGGGCUCAUCCAGCUUCCAUACAGCCAUGCUUUGGAGAUUUACAGCGGAGUCUUUGUCUGGGCAGCUCUGACGUUCAUCACAGCUGGAUCUGUGACAGUGGCUGCUGGGAGGUUGUCCAGCCGUCGUCUGGUGAAAGCAGCUUUGGGCCUCAGUGCUGCUGCUGCUGUAAUUUCAGCUGCUGCCACCAUCAUCUACUGUAUGAAUGCCAUCAUUUCUCACAGUGGUGUCUAUUAUCGAGAACCUAUCAACUGCUGCUGGUUCAAUGGAAGUUAUUACAGUUGCUGCUAUGAUUGGGAAAGCUAUUACAUUGAUUGGGUUCCCGCUGUAGGAGUUUCCUGUGUUCUAGCUGUGUUCUCCUUCCUGGUGCUCAUUGUCUCAGUCCGUAUCGCCAUGUUUGGCUACAGAGCCUUAAGUCAUUCCACAAAUCAGCCACCAGUCAUCAUGAUCAACCAACUGCUUGAAGCUGCAUCACAGACACCAAAGCCCAUGCCCACAUACGAAGCCUCACCCACCCCAACAUAUGAAGUACCACCCGCCCCAGAGGCCCCACCCCCAUCAGAAGACAAUUAUGAGAGACUGAAACCUCCAGAAUAUGACACCAACAUGGUCUGA